AGCAGAUGACAUAAAUUCAGCAGAUGAAGUGGAAAGUUCCUUAUUUCCUCGGUGUCUGUUAUCGGACAGGACUCUAAGUUAACUAUAAAAAAUUCACCAUGGAAAAUCCAAAGAGUUACACUGAAGAUGGAAUUUUGAGUGAUAGCAAAAUGCUCACCAUGUCAGACAAGAUUAGGUUUGCUUCAUCUGCUACCACCACAUUUGAACUAUAUGAACCACAAAGCAAGAAGAAGCUUUCUGCGUGCUGUGUUUGGACUGCACUGGCAAUCUACUUAAUGAUGCUAACUAUAGGCCUGGGACUAUUGGCGCUAAAAGUGUUUAACAUGCAGGAGGAAAUACGCAAAAUCCAAAGAGAAGACUCAUAUUUACCAGAGGAACUGGUCAGCCCCUUCUACAAUGAAACUUUUCCAGAAAGCAACUUUUAUAGAAAGAACACUAGAGGUGAAGAAACAUUGAUCGAAAGCUUAGAAGAGGAAAUCAACACCAUUAGGGUCAGCAACUACAAUUUAUUGAUGAGGAUGAACAAUAUCACACUGGCUGCAGGGCAACUUGGAAACAAAGGAGAACCUGGUCCUCCAGGAGGAAAAGGUGAAAAGGGAGACAUGGGUCUACAAGGACCAGCUGGAAGCAAAGGAGAACCAGGGUCAAAGGGUAUUGGAUUUCCUGGGGAGAAAGGAGAGAAGGGUAAUCCUGGAGAAAAAGGUACUGGAGGUGCUCAGAAAGGGGAGAAAGGUUCAUCUGGAAAGGAUGGAACUCCAGGGAUACCUGGAGGAGUAGGAGCUCCAGGUGCCAAGGGAGAAGCAGGAAUAGAAGGACCAAAGGGGACAAAAGGAGACGAAGGAGUCCAAGGCUUAAGAGGACCAUCGGGUGAAGAUGGAAGUAAAGGGGACAGUGGCCUCGCUGGUCCAAAAGGUGAACCAGGAAUGAAAGGAGAUAGGGGACCUACAGGUCUUCAAGGAAAUAAAGGUGAAGUAGGUGAGAAGGGAGAGAUGGGCCCCAGAGGACCAAUUGGUGCUCCUGGAAACAAGGGAGAUGCAGGUUGGUCAGAUUUAAAUGGUGGAGUGGGUCUUCCAGGACAGAAAGGAGAGGCAGGCCUGAAUGGAGAAGUUGGUGCACCGGGACUUCCUGGUUUAAAUGGCAUGCCUGGUCAGAGAGGGGAGAAGGGAAUCCCAGGAGAGAGGGGACCUAAAGGUGAAAAGGGACAGAGUGGAGUAGCAGGGGUUAGAGGCCUACCUGGUGAAAAGGGAAGUAGAUGGAGUUCUGGCUCUCCAGGUCCAAAAGGUGAACCAGGAAUGAAAGGAGCCAAAGGAGACAUGGGACCUAGAGGACCACCAGGGAGCAAAGGUGACAGGGCUGAACCAGGGCAACACUACUCCCACCCCAGUAUAAGGCUCAAUGGGACAGCUAGGGAGGGCCGUGUCGAAAUUAGGUAUCAAGAGAAGUGGGGAACAAUAUGUGAUGAUGGAUGGGACGAAAGAGAUGGAACCGUGGUCUGCAAAAUGCUGGGAUAUAGUCAUGCAGUUCGCAUCAUGACGGCACCCCCAGGUUCUGGUCAGAUUUGGCUUGAUGAUGUGGAGUGCAGUGGAACAGAAUCCUCCAUUUUGAACUGUGAAAAAAGCAAGUGGGGGGAGCACAACUGCAGCCACAGUGAAGAUGCUGGUGUGGAAUGUGCCUAAGACAGUGUCGAAAUGGGCAUGAUACACUGCUGUCUGGCAUAAGAUGUCUUAAUUCCACAAGUUCCAACAGAGUGCGCUGCUGUUGUCCAUGGCUGGGACUUGCUUCUUUGUUUCGGUGUUUGUAAAACCGUUGGUUUCUUUACCUAUUUUAAAAAUAUGCAUCAAUGAGGCAAGUAAUUGUUCCUUAAAUCUUUAAUUGUUUUGUGGCAACUGGAUUUCCUGGUUUACUUUUGGCCUUUUACUGGUUAUUAGAGACAGAAAAGGAAUGAAAUACCUAACUCACUCAAAUACUCGUAAAUCUUCGGGUAACAUGGCCAGUCUGGUAUCCAGCAAUCAUGUAUUCUGCACAGAGUGGAAGGAUAGUGGAAGUUAAAGUAUAGGAGUAGGAGACCUGCACUCUUCCUAGCUCUUCCCUGGACCUCCUUCAUGACCGUGGCCAAGUCACUAAGGCCCAGAUCCUUAAAGGUGAGGAGUUAGGCACAUGAAUACCUUUGAAGGUCUGGGCCUUAACCUCUCUGUUCCUCAGUUUCACAGCCUCCCAAUCUAUUAAGAGAGGUAAUAAUACUUACCUCUCAGGAGUAUAAUGAAGAUUGGUUCAUAUUCAAAAGUCCUUUUAGAUCCUCAGACAUAAGGCUCUAUGGAAAUAUAGAAAUAUAUACAAAUAUAAAGCUGUACCAUGCAUUAGCAACAGUAAUAUUCUGUCAGGAAGUCACUCAUGAUUAAGUAUAAAGCUUGCAGAGUUAACUGUCCUAUAUGAAGAAACAUAAUGGCUUCCUCCCUUUACUGUCUAUUAUACACAACCAUGUCUGAUGCAUUGAUUUUUAUUUGUACUGAGCAUUUUCUCUCUUUUUAAGGAUCCACAACACACCCCUGCACUGUACAUUUACAUAUUGUAAAGUGGUGGAUGAACAGUAACACAUACAGAGCUGUAUGCAAUAUAUCUUGCUUACAGGAAUGUUACUUUAAAAUAAGAAAUAAGUUUACCAAAACCCUUUUCCUGUGCUUUGAUAUUAUUACGCAACCCUGGCUAUAUUUUUUCCCCUUAGAUGGCUGCGGAAUUUUCUUCUAUGCAAUAAUACAGCGUCACAUACAAA